AUGGAUCGCACGAUGGCGACGCGCACGCAAAACAAAACACCCACGCAUACACUGAUACGGGUACGGAACAACCAGCGCCGUCACCGAGAGCGCCGACGCCAAUACAUCGCCUUCCUCGAGCAGCAGGUCCACCAUGGCGAGUGUCUCCUCAACGAAGCGAGAGCCAAGAUCACGGAGCUAGAAGCCGCCUCGCGGUACUGGAGGUGCCAGGCGACUGCUAAGAACCCGAGAGAUGUGCAUGACUUACUUGCCACUCGACAGUCGAUGGCGCCAGCGGAGGCACACGAGCGACUGAGGGAAGUCGGCGAAGAAGGACCAAAGACGUCACACCCAGCUCCAGCUACAAUUACCGACUCGGAGUCUCGCCUAUCCCAGGAGAUGGUGAUGAUGAUGAACUCUACGACCGUUGACGGAUCGUUGACUCGUACCAGUACCACAAUCAUGUCGCCAGCGCCGCGAGGACAUCCAACACGGCCACUUUUUACAACCCUGGGCUCUGUGCACCUGGUGCACUCACAUUCUCAGGACGCUUUCGGCCCUUCACAUUCACAACGGGAUACACCGACGGCAGAGGGAUGUACACAGAGUUCUAGCGCCAACAAGGACGACGCCAUUCCAUCCGAGACCGAGACCGAGACCGAGCCCCAGGGCCCUUUAGCCUCUGUGGCGUCAUGUAAUACAUACCCCGGCCGGCAGGGUGAAUCCACAGUCCCCUGUCGGCUUGCGUCCCUUUUAAUUGCACAACAGAACGUGAGAGGUACAGAUGAUGACACCGUCCGAAGUUGGCUGGAAAAGGGGUUCCGAGACGGCAACAGUGACCAGGACCAAGAUUGUCGAGUCGAGACGGUGUCCCUGUUCGCUCUGUUGGAUUUCAUCAGUACGGCCGAUCAGCUGGUCGGUUAA